AUGCCCCUCUCUAGCAGCACAGGGACACCAUUUUGGGUUCCUAGAGCAGCUGGCAAAAAGGUGGAAAUCCUCGAUUGGAAGACAAAGCAACAGCUGUGCUUUCUGGAUAAGGUGGAACCACAUGCCACGAUUAGUGACAUCAGAUUGAUGUUCCAUAAAUCAUAUCCCCAGUGGUAUCCAGCAAGGCAGUCAAUAAGACUUGACCCCAAAGGAAAAUCCUUGAGAGAUGAGGAAAUCCUGCAGCAUCUCCCAGUUGGCACAACCGCUACACUAUAUUUUAAAGAUUUAGGGCCACAAAUAGGAUGGACUAUGGUAUUUUUGACAGAAUAUGCAGGUCCAUUGUUCAUCUAUUUUCUGUUUUAUUUUCGCAUGCCUUUUGUCUAUGGCCUGGAUGACAAGCUUACAUCAAGCCCACAUCCAGUGGUUAACUUGGCAUGUAUCUGCCAUUCUUUCCACUACAUCAAAAGGUUGAUUGAAACAAUAUUUGUUCAUCGGUUCUCCCAUGGGACUAUGCCACUGAGGAGUAUUAUUAAGAACUGCUUCUAUUACUGGGGAUUUGCAGCUUGGCUUGCUUAUUACAUCAAUCAUCCUCUUUAUACACCUCCUUCCUAUGGACAAAAACAGAUAAAUUUUGCUGUGAUCAUGUUUCUGAUAUGUGAAGCUGGAAAUUUCUCUAUCCACGUUGCACUCAGUGACCUAAGAAGAGAUGGAUCCAAGAUCCGUAAAAUCCCUUAUCCAACAAAGAAUCCUUUCACGUGGCUGUUUUUCUUUGUAACCUGUCCUAACUAUACAUAUGAGGUGGGGGCAUGGAUCAGCUUCACCAUCAUGACUCAGUGCGUCCCGGUGGGAUUGUUCACAUUUCUUUGCUUCAUUCAGAUGACAGUUUGGGCAAAGGAUAAACACUACACCUACGUACGAGAAUUCAAGGAUUAUCCAAGUCUUAGGAUGCCAAUUAUUCCUUUCUUACUGUAA